AUGGCCCCUACGGACCCGUCUGGUUCUUUGGACUCUAUAAUACAGCAAAUUACAACCAGCAACAAUAUCAGGGCCUUAGAUCAAACGCUGCGUAACAGUCUACCCAAGGAGGCCAGGGAGACUAUUCUUGCUAGUAUGCUACCAGGAGGGCAGGAUCCAUUAGCAAUACUAGACCCAAGGGCGAACACACUGGGCGUUCUAUAUAUUCUAUCAGCGCGACUCAACGUGUCUGCGGCACAAUCGCCUGCACCGCAUUUGAUUCAUGCGUUUUGUCGCACAUUCGACCGCGAUCAAGCCUAUAUAGCUCCCAACCGAGUUACUCUUCUUGCCAAAGGGAUUGUGCACCUCGCUGAGGAGAGCCGUAACCCUCGAUGGGCUAUUGAGCCACUCUAUGACCUGUUAACGCGAUACGCGCCGAACCCAAGUUAUCUCACUCCAAUACACCCUCUCUUCCUUCUCGCAUGCGCACAAACACAAUCAUACACAGCCGCUCUCCCACUUCUCGCAACACCAAUCACAUCAAUAGACACAACACUCAGUCCUGAUCUGUCAUACAUCGAUAACCUAGUAUACCAUCAUAUUGGGGGUAUGAUAUUUGCUGCGCUGAAGCAAUGGGAACAAGCAGAGGAGUACUUUGAGAUCUGUGUUACGAGCCCUGGCCAUGUCCCAGCGGCACUACAACUAGAGGCUCUCAAGAAACUCGUCUUGGUACAACUAAUUUCCAAAGGAAAGAUAUCUGCCCUUCCGAAAUAUGCCAACCCUCAACUAUCGCGCUUACUCAAGAGCACCCCAUACAAUGGGUUUAUCAGCGCCUAUCCUCGAAAUCCCCAGCAACUUCGAUCGAUCCUCGACAAAGAACAAGCCUAUUUCUCCAAUGAGAAGAACAUUGGUCUGAUGCUACAAGCCAUAGCCCGCGCACCGCGGUGGUCAAUAAAAAAGUUGACCGAGACCUAUGUUACGCUCAGCAUUUCCGAAAUCGCGAAGUCAGUCAAAAUAGAAAAACACGAUGAAGUUCGUGCCUUGAUUUUGGACAUGGUGGAGGCUUCCGACAUAAACGCGAAAAUUUCAAGCGACGGGACGGUCACAUUCUCCGACACUCCCCCAGCUUCCGCAGAACUGAGCAAAUCCGACGUCGAUAGGCUAGUCAAAGAGGCACAAGAACAAGUAGCGCUACUCGCGAAAUUGGAUCUUGAAUUAGGGAAGAAUCGGGACUACUUGACCAAGGCGUUGAAGGCCAAGGACGAUCCUUGGGCUGCUCCUGGUGCUGAGGAAGACUUGUUCGGGAUGGGCAUGCCAACUUUGGGCGGAGGGUCAUGGACGGAAGAAGCGGGGUAUGCAUAA